AUGCAGGAGAAGUUUGAGGUAGUGGAAGGGAAAGUGGACUGGAAGGGAAGACCAGCUUUCAAACACAAGCAUGGAGGAACUAGAUCGUCUUUGCUCAUACUAGUCGCAUUUGGUUUCGAGAAUAUGGCAACCUUUGCGCUUGCAGUGAACUUGAUCACGUAUUUCAAUACUGUGAUGCACUUCGAACUAGCGGAUGCUGCCAACCAGCUGACCAACUAUAUGGGUGCCGGUUACAUUCUCUCUAUUCUUAUGGCUGUUCUCGCAGACACAUUCUUAGGCAGAUUCAAAACCGUCAUCAUUUCUGGCUGCCUCGAGUUUCUGGCGCUGAUAUUGCUCAUGAUACAAGCUCACUACCCCAAGCUCAAGCCACAGCCUUGCAAUAUGUUUGAUAAACAAGCCCACUGCGAGACAGUUGGAGGAGGAAAUGCUGCUUUCCUCUAUGUUGCUCUCUACACAUUAGCUAUUGGUAGUGCAGGCAUUAAGGCUGCAUUACCGUCACAUGGGGCUGAUCAGUUUGAUGAAAAAGACCCCAAGGAGGCACUGCAAAUGUCUAGUUUUUUCAACCAACUCUUGUUGGGAGUGUGCGGCGGUGGUGCUGCUAGUUUAACUCUAAUUGUGUGGAUCCAAGACUACAAAGGUUGGGACUGGGGCUUGGGGAUAUCUUCUGCAGCCAUCUUUUUCGGCGUGGUCAUCUUUACUGCCGGACUGCCACUGUACCGAAUGCAUAUUGUUUCUGAGUCCAGUGCAAUCGUCCAAAUUCUACAGGUAUAUGUUGCAGCCAUUCGUAAUAGAAACCUUGUCCUUCCCGAAGAUUCUGCAGAUCUCUAUGAGAUUGAAAGGGACAAGGAAGCUUCUGUGGAAGAAGAUUUUCUUCCUCAUAGAAACAUUUACAGGUUUCUAGACAAAGCGGCAAUUCAACAAACACCUUGUGGGCAAGUUGAAACACCUGAAGUUUCAAGCCCAUGGAAAUUAUGCAGAGUCACCCAAGUUGAGAAUGCAAAAGUAAUUCUUAGCAUGGUACCAAUUUUCUGCUGCACAAUCGUAAUGACGCUUUGUUUGGCCCAACUCCAAACCUUCUCCAUCCAACAGGGCCUCACCAUGGACACAAAACUCACCAACUCUUUCCACAUCCCUCCAGCGUCACUCGUCAUCAUCCCAGUCUCCUUCAUCAUCCUCAUAGUCCCAAUCUACGACAAGAUUUUCGUCCCCUUCGCACGAAAGCUCACAGGCAUCCCCACAGGAAUCACCCAUUUGCAAAGAGUAGGCGUCGGAUUGGUUCUAUCCAGUAUCUCCAUGGCCGUCGCAGCUUUAAUGGAAGCGAAACGCAAGGGCGUUGCGAGAGACCACAACAUGCUCGACGCAACCCCUGUUUUGCAACCAUUGCCAAUCAGCACCUUCUGGUUAUCUUUUCAAUUCUUCAUAUUCGGAAUCGCAGAUUUGUUUACGUAUGUAGGGCUUCUGGAAUUCUUCUACUCCGAGGCGCCGAAAUCCCUUAAAUCUGUUUCCACUUGCUUCCUUUGGAGUUCAAUGGCUUUGGGCUACUUCUUGAGCACCAUAGUUGUGAAGAUUGUGAACAGUGCUACGAAGGGAAUUACGAGCAACGGAGGCUGGCUGAUCGGAAACAACAUUAAUCGGAACCAUUUGAAUCUCUUCUACUGGUUGCUUUCAAUACUGAGCUUCAUCAACUUCUGCAUCUAUAUAUCUGUUGCCAAGAGAUACAAAUAUCGAAACCAUAAAUAAAUCAACUCGCCUAACAAAAAAAAAAAAAAAAAUCGUAAUCUGAUUCGUUUUAAUUCUAUCUCUUCGGUCCAAAUAUGUUUGAAUUUUUGUUCUUCAUAAUAUAUGAAAUUGUAGAGGAAAAAUUAUAUGAAAUCAUUCUGUUGCAACUUAUAAACUUCAUUGAAAUUAAUU